AUGAAGUUCGCCGCUACAAUCACUGCUGUAAUGGCCACCUUCGCUGCUGCCGAGCCUGCUUCCGACAGCAACCUGGUUGGCUGCCAACCCGGAACCUACCGGUGCGCUGGCACCACCGGCUGGGAGGUGUGCAACACCCGCGCCGUGUUUGUUAACGGUGGAACUUGCCCUCCCGAUACCGUUUGCAAGUUCUUUAAACCUAGCAAAAGCCCCUACUGCGUCCCCCCCAAGUUCGAAUUCCCCUAG